AAGGAGAGGGAGAGAGAGAGAGAAAAGGGGGGCUCGUUCUGGAUCCACAUUUGGAGUGAUCGCCUCUUUUGCCGAAAGCUACUCCUGGCAUGAUCCAUUAGAAAAAAAAAAUCUCUCCCUCACCUAAUCGAUGAUAGCGAGCAAAGAAUUGGAGCCUUCCUCUUUCUCCCUUGGGAUUUUUCCUUUCUUAAAUCCCAGCGAUCGUUCAAUCCUCCUUGAUCCAUUCAACUCAAUCCUGAAGAAUUCAAUGCUAGCGCUCGCGAUGCUCAGACAUUUAUCCCCAAUGCUCGUCGCAAUCUCCAUCCUCGUUUUCCUCCCAAUCGCUCUGGGCGGAGCUUCUUCCCGGAUUGGCUUCGCGGAGGAGAAAGAGGUCCCGGUGUGGCCCAAGCCCCACUCACUCCUCGCCAGUGGCUCGGGGUCGCUGGCAUUGGCCGAGAAUUUCACGCUGCGCUCGUCGCCGGACUCGAUCGCGACGCUGAGCAGCGCAUUCGCUCGAUACCGCGAGAUUAUCUUCCUCCACCACUCGAUCUUCCUCGCCUCUCGCCAGAUCCCCGAGAGCAUACCACAGCUCCAGGCGCUCAGCGUUCGAAUCUCAUCCCCGGACGAAACACUCCAAAUCGGCGUGGAUGAGUCGUAUCGCCUCCAAAUCCCGGAUCCCGACGAUGCUACUGCCGCAUUGCUCACGGCAGAGACUGUGUAUGGAGCCCUACACGGAUUGGAGACGUUUAGCCAGAUCUGCGCGUUCAAUUUCACGACGAAGAUGACGGAAGUGCGAUACAUCCCAGUGGACAUCGUCGAUCGGCCGAGAUUUGAGUAUCGAGGUCUCUUGAUUGACACUUCGAGGCACUAUGAGCCCCUCAAGAUUGUCCGGAGCGUCAUUGAUUCCAUGGCCUACGCCAAGCUGAAUGUUUUGCACUGGCAUAUUGUCGACACCCAAUCGUUUCCUUUGGAGAUUCCUUCCUUUCCUAAGCUUUGGAAUGGAGCGUAUACCGGAGCCGAGCGCUACACUCUAGAAGAUGCCAAGGGUAUUGUCGAAUACGCGAGGCUAAGAGGAAUCAAUGUGAUGCCAGAGCUUGAUGUUCCCGGUCAUGCUGCAUCCUGGGGCGUAGGCUAUCCGGAACUGUGGCCCUCCGGGAACUGUACGCAACCUUUGGAUGUAAGCAGUGAGUUCACUUUUGAGGUCAUCGAAGGGAUCAUUUCGGAUUUUGCAAAGACCUUUCCUUUCAAAUUCAUGCACCUUGGUGGUGACGAAGUCGAUACAACCUGCUGGAAGAAGACGCGACAUAUAGCCAGAUGGCUUGCACAUAACAAUUUCACCGCCAAGCAAGGCUACGAAUACUUUGUUCUACGCGCGCAAAAGAUUGCCCUGAAGUACGGGCUUACUCCCGUGAAUUGGGAAGAGACUUUUAAUAACUUUGGUAGCAAACUCAAUAACGAGACGAUCAUUCACAACUGGAUAGGACCUGGUCUGGCGCCACUCGUUGUAGGAGCAGGUUUCAAGUGCAUCGUGAGUGAUCAAGACGUGUGGUAUCUGGAUCAUCUCGACGUACCAUGGCAAAGCUUUUACAAGAACGAGCCACUCACAAACAUAACGGGAGAGCAUGAGCAGAGUUUGAUAAUUGGAGGAGAAGUUUGCAUGUGGGGCGAAACUGUGGAUCCAAGCGACAUACAUCAAACAAUCUGGCCUCGAGCGGCAGCUGCAGCCGAACGCUUGUGGUCUCCGAGGAGCUUCACGGACCAGGGAACUUCGCAAGUCCAUUCGAGGCUCAAAACUUUCAGGUGUUUGCUACAACAGCGAGGGAUCCCUGCAGCUCCAGUAGAUGAGCUUGGGCGGGUGUCUCCGCCGUAUCCAGGUUCUUGUUACGACCAGUAAAGUAUCGCAGAAUUUUUAUGUAGCGUGUUAAUUUACUUGCUUCUCAACAAUCUCAGUGUGUACAUUGCAGCUUUCAAUGGUUAUUAUAAGAAGUAUGCGCAA